AUGAAGUGGGUGAUUGCUUCGAUCACUCUCGUCUGUUGCCGGGCUCUCGUGUACGAGACCGGCACGCAGCGUCCAGGUCUUGCAGAAUGCCCAAAGCUUUGGGAUGGUUCGUCCGUGUUAGGGGACGAUGGAGGCCACCAGUGUUUUGAACGUGUCAUGAUCGAUCCAGGGUCUGCACUGGGAGGUGGCAAGGAGCCCAGCAUGUGCGUGAGAAAUUACCACGAUAGCGUUUCAGACGCGGUUAAAGCGGCAGGAUACUGGCCGGAUUGCCCAGUGCUCACGCAGUUGUGGUUAUCUCUUCCCAACAAUGCUGCUCGUGUUGACCAUCCGGAUUUCAGAAUUUGUCCAGGCUCAGGCAGACCGGCGAACUCCAAGAAGUUAUUCGUAGAAGUUGGCGCAAACAUCGGCGCAUGUACCGCUCAAAUGCUUGCCAGACCAGAUGUGGACAUGGUGGUGGCCUACGAGCCAAAUCCUGCAAACCUUUUCUACUUGACGAGCACCAUCAUGAAAAAUAAUUUCAAGUCCAAGAUUGCCUUGUAUCCCGUUGGCUUGGGCGAGGUGGCGGCGAACCUCCCCAUCUAUGAAGAAAAGGGCAACGCAGGCAACUCGGUGGUUGGUCACCCUGUGCACUCGUCUUCCAAGCCGGCGGCGCACAUUGAGAUCCUAACUUUGGACGAGAUUUUCAUGGCAAGCGGCUCUCCACCAUACAUUCACCUCAUGAAGUUGGACGCGCAGGGCUUUGAGACAAAGAUUCUCCGAGGGGGCCAACGGCUUCUCAAGUCAGGGGCUGUGAAUGCCAUCAAGUUUGAGCUGGCGCAGGAUUGGCUUCGUGGCCACGGCUCGAGCACAGCUGAGUUGUUCACGCUGUUUGGAACCUCCGGCUUCGACCUUCACUCAAUGCGCGGAACGAGCGGUGGAGCGGCUGCAGCUGUGAUGAGCCCCUGGGAGCUGCGUCAGGUUGCUUGCCCGGAGCAUGGCCUGGUUCAAGACUUUUUGGCCAUCUACAACCCGGACAAGGACAUCUCAACAGCAGAAAUCGCUUGCUGA